GCCUCCUGUUGGGGAUGCACUCAGACUCAGACACUAACUGGGAACCAGGGAAUAUGGACUGAUGGAAAAACCUGCCUCCCACCACCUCCUUCACCAGACCCUCCCCUGAGGUGAACCGCCGGUGAGGAGUGGAGAUGGGGGGGCUGCAGAGCUGAGCGUGGAGGUGUCUGAGCUCAGCUAAAGCGAGCCCCGCUCUCCAGCGACACUCGGGGAGGACGGGGAGAAGAUGAGCAGAACCAGCCGGCCGGCUUUCAGCGUCCUGGCCGUCAAUCUACUGCUGCUGUCCACCGCAGCUCUCUGUGCGCACUUCCGGGUGUGCGAGCCCUACUCCGACCACAGGGGGCGCCACCACUUCGGCUUCCAAUGCCCCCGCCUCUCCGACAACAAGACCUACAUGUUCUGCUGCCACCGCAACAGCACGGCGUUCAAGUACUGCUGCAACGACACCGAGUUCCAGAGCGUCAUGCAGCUCAACCUGACCACUGACACAGACGGGUCCACACACAGUAACUACACGGCCCUGGUGGGCGUGUGGAUCUACGGUUUCAUCAUCAUGGUGCUGCUGGCCCUGGACUUCCUGUACUACUCUGCGCUGAACUACGAGCUGUGCCGGGUGCACCUGGAGAAGUGGGGCCUGGGAGGCAGCUGGCUGAAAGGCAGCGGCAGCCGCUGGGACAGCCCGGGCCAGGGGGCCGGAGAGACCCCCCUGCACCCCAUCAUCCUGGCCCACCACCCCCGCCACAGCCUGAGGCCCGACCCACCCAGCCCCUCGCUAAUGUCCUUCCACACCUCCACGGCCUGGUGA